AUGGCCCUCUCAGAUACCGCCUCAGAAUCAUCCUGGCAGCCCGCAAAGGACACCCACAUCAGUCUCCCUCUCCCUCUAGCCUUCAAGAUCUACUGCAGCAAAUCCCGCCUCACCCAUUCCGAAUUUUAUAUUGGCCACGAGAAGGGCCAGAAACUGCACGCUAUUUCCGGCGGAUACAAAGGCUGGUUCAAAGCCACCAUCGGCCUUCACGAGGGAUCCACAGUCAAUACUCCAAUCCUCGGCGGCGCCGUCAUCGACAGCAAAAAGACAAUCGAAAUCACCCUCCCCUCA